UUCUCCUCAGUUGUUUGCACAUCAGUUAAACUGCAGAACCACUGUACACAGGUUACACUACACACCUAAUCAGAUGCAGACAGUGCCGUGGGCUAUUCUACAUGCGGCGGGCAGUUAAAUAGGCAACUUUUCAUUCUGUCAGUUGUGCCUUCUUUUGAUUGGGGAAAUAAAAAUCUAAAUAGGUCGUCAAUGCAAACAGGAUGUUGUCGCGCUGGUGCUCCUGUUGCAAUUCGACGUGUUCCUGUGAACCGAUAAGAUCCUGGAGUCGUAGGGAAACAGCCGGAGACCUGAGUCAUUUGGUUGAGGACCAACGCGAAAUUGUCGCGAACCGAUCCAGGAUGAACCAGGACAUUGCACUUUUGAGAGAACAGUACAACUGCACUAAAGAGAAACAAAAGACCCGGGUGGUUUUAUUCAGACAAGUAUCAGCUGAUGACGCAACAGAGAUCAGUGGGAAAGCCCUGGUCAACAUGGUCCCGGUCAACCAGGAGAUGAAGAGCACACAUGAGAGGAAGAGGACGGUGUCAGAGGCUGAGAUUGAUUUCGUUAGGCACCUGGAGAUAACCCCAUGGUACACACACUUGGGAAUCCACCGACGGACCAACGGUAUCAUAGCAUCUCAUCCAAACCCCACAUUCACCGGCAGCAAUUCUUCCAGUUUGACUUCGCUCUCUGAGGACUGUCCUGAGACGUCCAGUGACAAAGUCUUGGGGGAUUCUACUUCCAUCCAUUCUGAAGAGUUGAGUACCAGUAACAGCAUUUCAGGCUCCCAGAAGUUCUCAGCCCCAGUCGUUUUGUCCAGACAACUGAGUUUUGGGGGCCAGCAGCCGCCUCUGUUCUCCUCCAGCCCCCUUCACCACUACCCCUUCCCCCAGAGAAAAGGGCCCAAGAAGUCAGAGGCUGCCAGGAGACUUGGGAUGUACACAUCAUUCUGAUAAGAGAGGGAGUCUGCUAUAGUACAAUAUGUGUUCUAUGUUUCUGCAUUAAAAACAAUAUUGUUGAGUUGCUAUAAGGACAUUUGCUAUGCAGCCAUUUACAUGUUAAUAAUGUCAUGUAUUGCUGUGCCUUACCCUGUUUUAGACCUCUAUGUUAACGUUUGAGUUUCAUCUCAUUGGAGCCUAAAUGUGUUUGUUUGAGAAGGGAAUAUAUUUCCCCCAGUGAGUCUGCAGGACUGUGUGCCACUGAACAAAUGAGUGGAAAAUGGCUGAUUAUUCUCUGGUGUGCAUAGCCUAUUAUUGUCAUACAGUAAGAUUAAUCCCAGCAAUCCAGAUGGAAUGUGCAGACAGUGUGAUGAUGCAGUGAUUAAAUAUCUUUGUACAGUAUGCUACUUUUACAUGCAUAUUGAAUAUUAAAACAUCCCAUCAAAA